AUGUCCCGCGGAAAUGACGUCAUAACGCAAAAGACAACAAUGAAUUCUGCCAAUGUCAUCUUAGUUAUAACAGCUUUUCUCUGUUCUAUUCUAAAUGCUUCCAUCGCCGAGACUCAAGGUUCACUUCCGGAUGAUAUUUUACCCGUGCAUCAAGGUCGUGGAAAGCGCUCUGUAUCGGCGGACAAAUUCAGCAAGCUUCAAGGAAACUGGAAAUAUAGCAAAGAGGAAGUGACAAAAAUGUUUGAUGACUACUACAAGUGUAUCACAGAAAGAAACAAGCCAGAAAAUCGAGUGCGUCAGUCAAUCACGGCCGUUCUCGCGAUGCAGGGCCAAAGGAUCGACCUUCAGUGUCCAUUUUGUCAGAGGCCCGAUCAGGAUGCCGAAAUGAACAAGAUGUUUUGGCAGCGAGUUCGAGUGUCCGAUUCUUCUACUUCUCAUAUUUCGCCCAAAACAAAGGGAUUAAAGAUCAAGCAAGAUAUGUCGCUCAUUAUACAGAGCGUAGACGUGACUGAUGCGGGGCAGUACUUCUGUAUCCGGGAUUCAGACGCGGUAGUCAUUUACCAGGUGGACGUUCUCUUCCGGGAGCCGCAGCUCAGCGUCAGGGAGAACGAGACCUUCCGCCUGCAGCCCGCCCGAAGACUCGUGGACCAUAAUCUGGAGGUGUACAGCCAUUGGUCGGAGUGGGGUGAAUGUGACACGUGUGACCGGCCCGGUCGCCGGAACAAGUUUGGCACGUGCAUGGUAAAUAAGAUCCACAAGGAACGACCCAUUACUCCCGUGGAUGUGCCCAUCAUUUUCCAGUAUCCAAAAGGCGUGCCAUGUCGUUCGACGGUGCUGCCUCGUGCUGUCGCUCACCUACUGGGCAUCCGAGAGAGAAAAAGUGAACUUGUUCAAGGUAAGUGUUCAGAUCCCUGUCCGACGACCCCGGGGCCAGUACGGGUGACCGACAAAACUGGCAAAGUGGUGGAGGUUUUGGCGGGAGGUUACCAUCCUAUUGGGCGGAAACCAAAUCUCCCACCCCUGGUGAUCCGGAAAGUCCGCUACGCUAUAAAGGGAACUCAUAUUGUGCUUGUCUGCCCCACUUCUAAAAAUAGCAAGGUCCGCUGGCAGCGCGGCGAGCGCGCAAUCAAUCCAAGAACCAUCCGCCGUCAGACGAAAGGCCGAGUGUAUCUUGAUCGUUUGAAUCGUCUGCAUAUCUGGAAACUGCGCGAGCGUGACAGUGCCCCCUAUAACUGCUGGGUGUGGAAGCGUCACACUGCUACGAUCAAAGUUCUCGUCUACGAGGGAAUGGACCACAAUUUGAAACAUUAUAUAACUUAUGGCGGUCUUGUGCUGACGGUUGUUGCAAUACUAACGUUCUGCAUUUGCAAGGUGUUUUGCAGACCACCCAGAAGACAUAAAUAA